AUGAUAUACACUGUUUUUGCCUUGAGAAAAAGGGCUACCCAUACCAUUCCAAGUAAGGAUCUACGUUUCUACAUCUGUUCUCUCUCCUCAAAGUCCAUCGUUUACAAGGGUUUGCUGACACCUCUUCAGCUAUGGGAGUACUUUGCGGACUUUGUAGACCCGGAUUACGAGACCCACUUUGCAGUAGUUCAUAGCAGGUUCUCGACCAACACCUUCCCAAGCUGGGAGAGGGCACAUCCCCACAGAUACCUUGCCCACAAUGGAGAGAUAAAUACCAUCCGCGGCAACGAGAACCAGAUGAGGGCCCGGGAAGGGGUCAUGAGCAGCUCCAAGUACGGUGAUGAGCUCAAGCUUCUCUACCCAGUGGUGGAGGAAGGUCUUCCAGAUUCUGGCAGGGUGGAUAAUGUCCUGGAGUUCCUCAUCAUGGCGGGUGGACGAUCCUUGCCAGAGGCUGUAAUGACCAUGGUACCAGAAGCCUGGCAUAAGGACACGAUGAUGAGUGAGGAGAAAAGGAACUUCUACCGCUGGGCUUCAUUUGCAAUGGAAGCAUGGGAUGGACCAGCCCUGUUCACAUUCGCCGAUGGCCGCUACGUCGGCGCCAUCCUGGACCGGAACGGACUCCGACCUUCCCGCUACUACAUCACCAAGUCUGGCUUCAUGGUCAUGGCCAGUGAGGUUGGUGUGUGUAACCUUGCCCCUGAGGACACCCAAUCCAAGAGCCGUCUCAAGCCAGGCAGGAUGCUGCUGGUCGAUACGGAGCUUGGAGAGGUCAUCAACGACGCUGACAUCAAGCAUCAUAUCGCCACCCUGAGACCUGUGAAACAGUGGAUGGACGAACAGUCCGUCACCCUAGACGACUUCUACAAGGCCCACAUGGAGACCAGGGGCGAAGAGCCAGAGAUCGGUCCUCUGGUCCCUGUCCAGUCCGACCAUCGUUUGGCCAUGUUUGGCUAUAGCGUGGAGCACAUCAACCUCCUUCUCGUUCCGAUGGUGAAGAACAAGAAAGAGCCUCUAGGUUCGAUGGGUAACGAUGCUCCCCUGGCUUGCCUGUCCCAGCGUAAUCCACUGGUCUUUGAGUACUUCAAGCAACUUUUUGCCCAGGUCACCAACCCACCUAUUGACCCCAUCAGGGAAAGCAUUGUCAUGUCACUGGCGUGUCCCAUCGGCCCCGAAGACAACAUCCUGGAGCCAAGUGAGAAGCAAUGCAACCGUCUGUUCUUAGAUGCUCCUAUCUUGACCCUUCAUGACCUUGAGAUCAUCAAAGACACAUCUCUUCGUACAUGGAAGACCAAGACUAUUGAUACCACAUUCCCAGUGGAAGCCGGAUUUGCAGGACUUGUCCCAGCCAUAGACCGGAUAUGUGCCGAGUGUUCUGAAGCUGCAGAGCAAGGCUACACUCUGUUGGUCUUGUCCGACAGGGCUGCAGGUCCAGAAAGAGUACCAGUCAGCUCUCUUCUUGCCUUGGGAGCAACCCACCACCACCUGAUCAAGACCCGACAGCGUCUCCAUGUCGGUCUCAUCGUCGAGACCGGAGAGGCCCGUGAGAUGCACCACCUCUGCCUCCUACUAGGGUACGGUGCCGAUGCCAUCUGUCCCUACCUCCUGUACGAGUGUCUGAUCAGCCUCCACGAGCAGAGUCUACUAGGAGUGGACUUCGGGAUCAAGGAGAUCCAGAAGCGCGUCAUUGCAGCAACGGAGAAGGGCAUCUCGAAGGUGAUGGCCAAGAUGGGUAUCUCCCUUCUACAGAGUUACAAGGGAGCUCAAAUCUUUGAAGCGGUAGGUCUCUCUCAGGAGGUGAUUGACAAGUGUUUUGUCGGGACAGCAUCUAGGCUUGGAGGGGCUACAUUUGAGAUCCUUGCAGAAGAGGUAAGGCAGCACAUCAAAACUGUAUUAUAAUUGUAUCCUAUAGCAUAAUGCUGGAGGAUUCUUUGGAUCUGAGAGUGCUAUGCAGCAGAAGCCUAAAAAGCUUUGGCCAUAUUUUUCCUGUGUGCUCUAUAGGUAGCUUUCUGAGUGAGGUACAAUGGAGAAUCUUCUGGAGCCCCUUUGCAUGUAAACGCAACUAAUAAGAAAUAUAUCAUACACAAGUGCAAUCGUCUGAUUGCUUGAAAAUCAAGUUUAAUUUGAUUGCAACUCUUUCUGCAUUGGGCCCUAGGUCAGGCUAAGCAUGCAUCCAAUCUUGCUUUCAAAAACUUCUCUCAACUUCAUCUAUGAUGGGUUGAAGGGGAAGUUCACCCUGACAAUGAUUUGGUUUGAAUAAAACCAGAAAAAUUACAUCAAAAUCCUUUGUAUGGAAUGCAUGUUUUCCUCCUUCAAUUUGACCCUAAUUAAUAGCUUUCGUUUCUUUGUUUCCUAAAAAAGCAAGUAUUAUUUCAUACAAUCCCCUUUUUAAUCUAUUGUUAUUCUUUCAACAUUGGUUAAAUAUAUAUUUAUGGUAAAAUGUUCAUUAUGUUAAAGGUAUAUAACUUUAGUCUACUCCUAAUCUUUCCCCAUUCCUCCUUUUGACAUUACUUCAUCCGCUGUAUUCUCUCUGUUUCCACUUUCCUAUAUUAUUCAUUGAUAAACGUUUUUUUUUUUUUUUACUGUUUGUUUACUGAAAUUUUAUUCUGUACAAAAUCAUGUAACUCAGCCUUUGGCUGCUAAUUGAAUUUUUAUCACAAUAAUACCAUCUAUCUAUCUAUCUAUCUAUCUAUAUGUCUGUCUGUCUGUCCGUCCGUCCGUCUGGUGAGGGUUUGAUGAAAACUUGUCAAAAGUAUAUUCAGAAUUAUUAACUUUGAUUUUUGUGACAUCACAGAUAAGCAGCUCCUCCAUAUCUUGUGUGAUAUGAAUUCCCCUAAAUGUCACUUUCUCAAAAUUGUAGAUUGAUUUUGUCGUGUGGUGAAUAUAUCAUCAGAUACAUCAUUAAUACCCCCUUCUAUAAGAAAUCUAAUUUUGUUUGUGUUAAAUUUAAAAAAAAAAUUGUAUGGUGGAGCUGCUUGCAUACAUGAAUGUUACAAAAUGAAAACUUAAAAGAAUCAUAACUCUCUUAUUCUCUGAUCAAUAUCUAUCAGACGGUCACCAUUAUUUUCUCUAAUUUUCUGCAUUUAUUAAAUUCAAGUUAUUCUCGAGAUGAACUUCCCCUUUUAAAAGGAAGACAUGAAAUGAUCGGGCGACAGCGUGGGAGUUGGGGAAUGCCCGUCUAGUGGAGCAAUUUAGACAUGAACAUUCAUAAGCUGAUUACAGCCAACAGUUUUUAAAUAAAUAUAAGUACUCCAAGGAGACUUUGAUAACAGGUUUUCAUACUUAAUUCCAGAAGUGCACGACACUUCUUUACAUUUCAAUAUUUAGAAGUCAGUCCUUCAGAUUACUUUGUUCAAGUCAAGGAAAGUUCAAUUGAAUAAGUAAAGUGAACGGCUUUGAUGUUUAUUCAUGUCUAUACGUGUCACUACAUGAUCCACUAGGGGAAAUAACCUACAGGUGAUAAUGAAAUAAUUCUGAUAUAGCACACACAUUUAUUACAUUGACUUAUAUGCACAUUUAAAGGGAAUGUACAUGUAUAUUUAUACCUUAGGCUUUAAUCCCCAACAACUGGGCUAUUUGAUGCCUAAAAAGUAUAUUGCCCUGCCCAUCUUCUCCCAGAUUUGCAAUUGAGGCUGGUGCCAUGAUAACGACAUUUCCUGACAUUCUCCCAAACUGUUUUGUUUGCUCGAUGGCUGUUUCUGGGAAACAUUCUCUUAUAGCUUCUUGAUUCUUAAGUUUCGUGGAAAGUUGUUAAAACCAACAUUUGUUCAGUUGAAAGGUGAACUAUUUUGCCAUUUAACAAACCAGGAGAAACCAACAUAUGUACAUGUACAAUGUUAACUUCUGUCAGAAAAAGCAAGACUCCUUUGAAUGGAGCACACACAUAUAUUAUUCGCAAUGUUGCCAUGUUUAAUGACAGAGAAGUUGGUAAGAUGAGUCCUGAAUUGAAGCUAUUUAUCUCAUUUUAUUAUCCCUUCACCCAUUUCCUUGCAUCUUUCAUAUGAAACAUUUUCGGCUUUAAUAGACUUUGAAAUUUAGAAUAUUUUCACAUACAUGUAUAUCAAAACUUGGUUUAUCUAAUAUCCAUAUGGUCUAUAAACAUAACUUAGUAUGUACAUAUAUGAUUACAUGUAGAUGAACAGUUUGAAUUCAAUUCAAUUUGUUUAUUAUUUUACAUUAAAUAACAUUAUAUAUGUACAUAAUACAAACAGCUGAAGUACAUAUAUACAUGUACAAGGAAAUAAAUAAAAUACAUUAAGCAUUUAACUGUACACAUCAUUACUGAAAAGGAGCCCAUGUACAGUGUACCUGUAGAAAGCUUUGAAAUAGUAGUAAAUAACAGAAGUUCAAAAAGCAAACUAUAAAACUAUAGAUAUGUUUACAUACAUGUACAGUGUAAUAAUAAUAAAAAGGCACAUGUAUUCAAUUCAAAUUUUUAUAUGAC